AUGCAGUCGAGGCGCUUCUCGGGGCGCGGCGCCGGCGGAGGCAGCGGCCCCCCAGACCCCUCCAGUCUGCAGGGUCCACGCCUCACCCAGUGUGCCGGCGGCUCGGGGCGCUCGACUCCGGCGCUGCAGCCCCGGAGCGACAUCCACCGGCGGAGCCAGUCCGCGGCGCCCGCGGCCGCCCCCGCCUUGCCGCGGCCAGCGAGGGAGCACCCCAGGAAGGCCGGGGGCGGCUGCAGCGAGGAGGGGUGCCUCUCCUGGGCGGGGAAGGCGGCGGCAGGGACUAAGGCAGGGCCUGCGCGGCCGCCGGGAGGAGGCGAGCGCUGGGAUCCUGGAUCGGGACCCGUCGGUGCCGCCCGCCGCCCAGCCGGGCCGGGGUCCGGGGCGCCCACGUGGAGAGUAAAAGAAGAGGGCAAAGCGAAGAACUCCUCCUCGGCGGGCUCCGCACUCUGCCGCGGCCGGGCGCGGGGACGCGGCCGCCACCCGCCGCUCUCUCCCGGCCCUGCGGCGUGUGCCGGCGGGAGAGCCAGCGAGGGCACCCGCGCCGGGGACGCGGCGAGACUUUUAGGAGCUAGAGCCGAUAUCGCCGCCGCCGCGCAGGCAGAAGAGACCGGGACGAGGAGGGCCCCGCCGCCGCCUAGCCUGGCGCUCGGAGCCCCGCCGGCCCGCGCAGGCGGGCGGAGGGAGGCAGGCGGCGAGGAGGCGGGCGGAGCAGAGGACCCGCCGGAGCGCGCAGCGGCCGGCCCGCCCGCCCGCCUGCCGCGCUCCCGGCACCGCACUCACUCCGCUGUCCGCCCGCCAACCCACGGAGAGGACUACCCGCCCGUCGCCACCGCCCGCGGCCCUUCCUCGGUGCUAGGCGGCGAGGGCGAGGACGAGGCGCUCAGGUGCGAGCGCGGGGCCCCGCCGCAGCGCCCGCCGCAGCGCCGCGCCAAGCCGCGCCCGGCUCCGCUCUGGGGGCUCGGGUGCCUUCGCUUCCGUCUCGCCCAAGUUGCGUCGACCGGCCCUUUUGCCACCUUCCCCGCCCGGCCGCCAAGCCGCCGCUGCUGCUGCUUUCGCUUCACCCGAGCGGGGGCAGCGGGGCCCCGACGCGGAGAGGAUGGGGGAAAAGCUGCGGAUGCCGAGGCGCCCCGAGACGCCCGUGCGGCAGUAACCCUCCGGCCCCUGCCUCGCCCAGGGCGCCUCUCCGGCUCCCCGCGGCCCACGGCGCCCCUUCCCCGCCGCGCGGGAACCCCCGCGGCCCGACCGGGCCCCCUCCCCCUGUGA